AAAAAAAAAAAAAAAAUCCCUAACAAACAGCCAUGUCAGAAUCUUCAGAAUCGAAGAAUCUCCAGCAACUCUCUCUCUCACGUCCGGACAAAAACGUAAGACUUCUAGGACGGGCUUCCUUUUUCCCUCUCAAUUAAUGGUCACUGAGUCACUUCCCCACUGAAACCGCCGGAGUUGUUAGACACCAAAAAGAGCGUGAUUUCUGGGAAAGAAGACCCGGCUGUGGAAAUGGGGUGGGCUAUAGCAUUGCACGGCGGUGCCGGUGACAUACCCAGGAAUUUAGCCCCAGAACGACGUGAACCCCGAGAAGCCGCCCUUCGCCACUGCUUAGACAUCGGCGGCGCUGCUCUUAAAGCCGGAAAAUCCCCUUUGGAUGUUGUUGAACUCGUGGUUCGUGAACUGGAGGAUAGCCCACACUUUAAUGCUGGUAGAGGGUCUGUACUAACAACGAAUGGCACUGUUGAGAUGGAAGCUUGUAUAAUGGAUGGUACAAAAAGAUGCGGAGCUGUAUCUGGUCUUACCACAGUUGUCAAUCCCAUAUCUCUAGCAAGAUUGGUCAUGGAGAAAACUCCCCACAUUUACCUGGCAUUUGAUGGUGCCGAGGCAUUUGCAAGAGAACAGGGUGUUGAUACUCUGGAUGCCAGCCAUUUCAUCACCCCAGAAAACAUCGAGAGACUGAAACAGGCAAAAGAAGCUAACAGGGUUCAGAUUGAUUAUACACAACCUAUGCAAAAAAUUCCAAAUGGAACGUCAGAUGGUGAUAGUAGAAUUGGAACUGUUGGAUGUGUUGCUGUCGAUAUUAAUGGGAACUUAGCCACUGCUACUUCCACUGGUGGAUUGGUCAACAAAAUGGUCGGUAGAAUUGGGGAUACACCUGUUGUUGGUGCUGGAACAUAUGCCAACCAUCUGUGUGCAGUUUCUGCUACUGGCAAAGGUGAAUCCAUUAUACGGGCUACUGUGGGUAGAGAUGUCGCCGCGCUAAUGGAAUACAAAGGAAUGUCACUAAAGGAUGCAGCAGCUUAUGUUAUUGAGGAGUGUGCACCCAAGGGUACUGCUGGAUUGGUUGCUGUAUCAGCCACAGGAGAAGUUACCAUGCCUUACAAUACUACUGGCAUGUUCAGAGCUUGUGCAACAGAGGACGGCCAUUCUGAAGUCGCAAUCUGGAGUUAGGGAUCGAAUGGUACUAAUAGUAUUCUCCUUUAUUGUUCUUCAGGUUGCUAAAGUAGUUUCUUUAGUGGAUCAACAGACUUCUUUUCAAAUAUUGGAUGUAAGUUGUGCUUCUUUUGGUACCUUCUGAUAUUUUUUGCUAUUUGAGGAUAUUCUUGAGAGUUCGUGAAAUUAAAAGUUUCAUUAGAAAAGAGAACAACAAAAGCAUGAGUUUGGAACAACAGAGUAGCUGCUGUCGGGUUCACCAAUCUUUUCCUUCAUUAGGCUUGCAACACGACUAGCUGCUGUCGGGUUCAAGUCAUUGAUCCAAUCACCGACUUCUCCUUUUCUGAAAUAAGCAUUGUUAUUCAGUCGUAAGUUAGCAUUCCUUUUUCCAGGCUUAUUAACCUCCAGGUUACUAAGACUGUCAAAGCUACAGAGCUUCACAAUUUCUUCAACUAACCCAUUUUUCUCUGCCUCCUCUGUGAAAGGCAUUUGUAAGAAUUCUUCACUCCUGAAUGGCAAUCCUUCUUAAGAUCCUCAUAUUUGAGGAACAACCCACUUUUUCAGGGAAUUCCAAGCUUGCGUUCCAAUAAACCUGUAUUUGGUCCCAAAAGGGCCCGAAAGUCUGUUUUCCCUCAAGAAUAAACCCAGAGUAUGCUCCAUUACAACAUCCUUCUUUAUGUCCCAAUCGAUGAAAAUGCCAAUCUGAUACUAAUUGAUCCAAAGGGUUUCUACAAAGAUAGACAAUCUUACAUUUGAAGCUGGAAAUGGAAUCAGGAAGUGAAUUGUACGGCAUGCGAGUUGCUUAAACAUGAUGGUGAAUUGGUAAUGAGUCUCAUCGCAAUUCCCCAGCUCAGCAAGCUGAAACUCAAAAGGCACGAGUUCAUGAG